AUGGUUAGAUCCAGCAGUAGCAGCGGCGGCAGUGGCGGCGGAAGCUGCUACAGAGGCCACUGGAGGCCGGCGGAGGACGACAAACUCCGGCGACUUGUGGAGCAGUAUGGCCACCAGAACUGGAAUUUUAUUGCAGAACAUUUUGAGAGCAGAUCAGGAAAAAGCUGCAGAUUGAGAUGGUACAACCAGCUAGAUCCAAGCAUAAACAAGGACCCAUUUACAGAAGAGGAAGAAGAAAGGCUUCUAAUGUACCAGCAGCUCCAUGGGAACAAAUGGGCACUGAUAGCUCGACAUUUCAAAGGAAGAACCGACAACGCGGUCAAGAAUCACUUCCAUGUCAUCAUGGCCCGACGUCGAAGAGAACGCUUCACAAUCUUCUCCAACAACAACAACCUUAAUAACAAACAGCAACGCCUACUUAGGACCUUAAUCCCCUCGAAGAAUAACUUUCCAAACCAUCUUCAUCAUCACAACGUCGUUAAAUGGACUCCUCUCGCGGCGGCACCACCGGCGGCGACCGCACCGGAGGGGGAGGAGGAGGAGAAGAAGAAGAGGGUUCCAUUUAUAGACUUUCUUGGUAUGGGAAGCUCUCGUUAGUUCACCCAAAGGUAGAGUUUUUUCUCUCUUAAUUAAGGUUUGUGAGUUUGUUCUUGGUUGUCAAAUAUUUUGAAAUAUCAAAGAUAAAUUAUGG